UUUAAAAUUAUUUUGAGUGGGAAAAAGGAAAAGUGCAGAAAUUCAGUGGCAAAAACAAGGAGAUUUAUAUAAGCUGUUACAUAUAUUACGUAUAUAUAUGAUCUAUACGUUUUUUUCAAAAAUAUGAUCUCUAUACGUACAUGAAAACAUUCAUAAUUUCAGAUACUUCUAUAUUGAAUACAAAUCUGACAGGCAGAGAGACCAUCACACUCCUCUCUCUUUCUUACAUUCCCACAAGCUUCCAAACAAAGAGAAUAAAUGGAAAGUAAGAUUUGUAAAGGAAUAAUUCUCCUCCUCGUCCUCUCUCACUCAUAACCCUACACUCGUAUUUUAAAAGUACAUGUAUAAAUAUUUAUAAAUAAUAUUUGGCAAAAAAAAUAUAUUUAUAAAUAAAUAAAUGAAACCCUUAUCUUCUUCAUGAGAAUCAUUUCCUCUCCACAAAACCAUGCUUUCUCUUAGCUCCCUUCUCAAGUUUUCAAUAAUCCCUCAAUAUAUGGGCUCAUGCUGAGAUCAUAUAGUCAACAUGGUUCCUCCUGAAUCCUCACCACUUUUAGGCGUUUCCAGCUACCGUGAUUGCAGCGGCGGCCGAGGCGGUUUCACGGAGGUGAUGAUGAUGAGAAGAGAAAUAAUAAACAAUCAAGAUUCUAGUGGAGAAACCGCAGCUUCUGCAAACUAUUGUAACAUUUCUUCUCCUCCGGCUAAUAAAGACGAUGGAUCCGCCUCAAAGAACGACGUCGUUUCUUAUAUUAACAUAGAAGAUGGUAAUAAAGAUAAAUCUUGGCUCCGCUUAGGUAUAGGCCCUGAGGAGAAAAGCAACUGCAAUAAGACGGCGUCAUAUAAGUUCCAGCGUUGUUGUAGCAAAAACUUCGAUGGAAGAGAAAAUUCCUCAGAGCUCAAUUUGUUCUCCUCAUCGUCAAACUUGGCAGGAGCGCUUAGUAGUAGUGUAGAUAACACGCAGCUGCAGCAGCCGCUAAUUGGAUCUCAAACGUUAUUAAAUCGUGGCUUUUGGUUCCCAUCUUCAAAGAUGCCUCAAUAUACGGCGCCAUUUAGACCGUCAUCAUUAGGAAUGAUGCGUGAUCGUGACGUCACUUACAAUAAUAGUGUUACAAGGAGUUAUUGUGUGGAGGAGGGAGGAGCUGGACCAAGCUCGGAGUUUAGGGUUCUUGAUCCUCCAAAAAGACCACAUUCUGGUCUUUGGUUUCUUCUUCAAGCUUCACAAUAUCAGGAAAAGGAACCGUUCUUGCCUCAAGUAAACAAAGGCUACUUGAGAAUCAAGGAUGGGAGAAUCACAGUUAGAUUGCUAACUAAGUACGUUAUGAAGAAGCUUCAACUGGAUAGCGAAUCUGAGAUAGAAAUAAGAUGCCGAGGAGAACAGUUAUCGCCGUUGUUGACGAUGCAGCAUGUAAGGGAUACCAUUUGGAGCCCAAAAUCAUCAUUACCACCAUCAUCAUCUCCUUUCACUUUGCUUCGGGAGUCAUCAACUAGUGAUCAUGUCAUGAUUUUGCAUUAUGGUAGGACUGCUUAAUGUUUAAUUUAUUUAAUAGUUUUUGCUCUACGUGUAACAUUUUUUCCGAUCAUUGUGUACCUACCGAGUUUUAUAUAUAUCACAGUCCUUUUCGUUUGGGUU